CCCCCCAUUCAGCCACUAGCUUUAAUGCUCCUGUGUGUUUACUACUGUAUUUAGGAUAAGGAGACGGUCACGUAUAUGCUGUGAGUCGUCAACUCAAACUCUCGCUUUUAGUAGUAUUUCAAAGACACCCUUCAGGAAUUCAACAUGCCCAAAAGAAAGGGAGCAGAGGGUGAUGCCAAGGAGGAGCCUCAGAGGAGAUCUGCACGGUUAUCUGCACGACCGGCUCCUCCCAAGCCUGAACCCAAACCAAAAAAGACAGCUAAGAAAGACAAAGCAGUUAAAGACAAGAAAGAGGACAAAAAGAGCAAGGCAAAGGCCAAGGAGUCCACAGAGGCAGAGGCCAAUGAGGAGAACCACUCAGAAAAUGGAGAAGCCAAGACCAAUGCGGUCGAGGACACUCCUGAAGAAACCAAGGAGGAAACAAAAUCCGAGUAGCACCACUGCCUCCCAUCAGUCCCUCUCUUCCUGUCCACUACUCCCCUCCUCCCUUUUCUCUUAUGCCCUCAAAACGCUCCCGGUCUCAUGUUAUUGCCCCUCUCUUCCAGGCAUAUUGUUAACAGAGGAAUAUUUUUAUCAAUGAUUUUAUAAGUAUCAGUACAGAUUUUUAGCACAAACUUAAAGCUAAAUGCGGAGCACCUUGCAGAUUUGCAGUGGUCAUAUCAAAUGUCUGCGAGAUGAACACACUAAAAAAAUCUUUUUUUAAAUGGCAUUUCAUGAGUGUCGAUAGAUUGUUUGGUCUAGUAAGAGCAUACCUGCUUCUACAGUUUGAGUGUUGUCCUGUUUUCCACCCGCCCUUCCCUCCCUCUAUCUGAACUAUAUUACCAUAUAACGAGUGAUUUUUCUCUUUUUUUACCUUACGUAUGUGCAGUGAGUCUCCUUCCUUUUGUUUCUUGUACUAGAUUUUUUUUCAUUUCAAUGUAUUGUUCAUAAGACAGAGGAAUACCAAGAAAAAACAUCUGAAAACAUUCCGGGGCAGAGUUACAUGGGCUGACCUUUAUUUCAACCUACCCUGCAGUUAAAAAAAAAAAAAAACAAAAAAGGAAGAAAGAAUAUUUUGUUUAAAUUAAAAAAAGAUCAAGAGCAGCUCAACCAAGGCUAUGCUGUUAUACGAGAUUUUCUAAACAAUGACAUUUUCUAGGAUGAAAUUCUAACCUUUAUUGACGUGUGCAGGUGUCCAUGUACCCUAUCUAAUGUUCUGGAUGUCUCUUAAUAAAGAAAACUGUAGAAUUUUCCUCA